GCCGGCGGAGAGGCGCCUGACGUAAGCGGGGUGCCCGCGCUCCCGGUUUCUGAAGGAGCCCGGGUCCCUCCGCUCUGUCCCAGCGCGGGCGGCACGCGCCGCCUCUCCCCGCCGGCCGCACGCGGGCACCUGUUUCCCGCCCCCGUAUUUAAACCGCUUUCGCGCGCCGCUUGCAGCUUUGCGCGUGCGCGGCCGUUGAACGGUCGAAGCCGGCCCUGAGGCGGCGGGCGCCUGCCGGGCACCGGGGCGACCGUGAGACGGCCCCGCCGCCAGCCCCGCGCCCCGCUGCCGGAGGCGACGGGCCCGUAUGCCUUCUCCCGCUCCCCUCGCUCCUUUCUGCUCCUGCGGUGCUGAGGCUCAGAAAUGACUACCCCAAACAAGACACCACCUGGUGCUGAUCCAAAACAGUUAGAGAGGACGGGUACUGUUAGAGAAAUAGGCUCACAAGCAGUUUGGUCACUUUCAUCUUGUAAACCAGGAUUUGGAGUGGAUCAGUUACGAGAUGAUAAUCUAGAAACUUACUGGCAGUCAGAUGGAUCACAGCCUCAUUUGGUGAACAUCCAAUUUAGAAGGAAAACAACAGUGAAGACAUUAUGUAUUUAUGCAGACUACAAAUCUGAUGAAAGCUACACUCCAAGCAAAAUCUCUGUCAGAGUAGGAAAUAAUUUUCACAAUCUCCAGGAAGUGCGGAAUGGAUGUGGCUUUUCAUGCCAUGGACUUGGUGUCAUGGAGCAGCAAGAUCCAUCACAAAGGAAAUGGUUUUUCACCAGUCAAAAUGAAGGCCAAGGAUCUUUCCGCUCCAAGAAAGGAGAGGAGCAAAGAAGGAGGAGAAGGGGUGUUUGGUAGCUACCCUCAGUUGUCAUGUGAUGCUUCUUAAAUAUGUUUUCAAGAGAGAAUACAGUUAGUUGAGAACUCUGUGUUUAAAGAUUCUUCCUGAGACUACAGGUGGAGAAACAGAAAAUGUUAAACAUGGACUAAAAGACUUUCACAGAGGUGAAUAGAGGUGACUGCUAAGAAGCAACUCCAGAUACUUCUAUCUGCAUGUUUACUUUAGGAGCACCAGUGAAGACCUUGGAGCUCACCUGCAGCAACAUUAGCAGCUCCAAAUGAAUUUCAUCAACACAGGGACCAUUAGUUCACUAGAGGAACAAAAUAGCAUCUUGUUAUGAUAAUAUAAUGGCACAAUUCCAUUCAAUGCAGUCACUUCUAUUUUAUGUUGCAUGCCUGGUCCCCCCUUUCCUUCCCUUAUGGGUGGGACGUGACACCUCCUUAUCUGACUGCCAGAGCUGUGAUGAGGGAAAUGAUGUUAAUGAGGUCAGAACUGAAGUCCAAGAUUCUUUUUAUGAAGAAUGAAAUAAAAUUAAUAUUUUAUUUUUGUUUCUUGUUUAUAUCUGCCAGAAUAUAGUUCUAAGAAUAUUCUUUGGAAAAUCAUUAUGCAACAGAUUUGCUGCUCUGCAACAGUGUAAUGAUUUAUCACUCCUAAAUUUCCUUUUUAUAUUAGAAAAAAAAGAUGAAGUCAACCACCGCUGUUAUACUCUAUCAACACAAAGAAUAUCUUACUGUGAUAGCUAUCCAAAACACUUUUUAGGGAUACCACUUUAUAUUACAUUUCAUUUACAUGAUACAACACAUAUCUAUAAAGUUUGAAAAGUUUUUUUUUUUUACGAUUGUAAGUAGAGUUCAGUGUUUGUUAAUAUUUCAGGCACAGGUACAAAAUGAAAAGAAACUGCUCUUUUUAGCAUAGGUUAUAAAAGAGAAAAAUAAUAUUUGAAGUCCUUAUUCAGUAUUUUUAUGGAAAAAGAAUAAUUUGCCCUUUGUUGCUACCAUUCCUUCAAACUUGGAAAAGUGGUGAACAGUUUUUUUUUAAUAUUUCAAUGGAGAAUCUCUACGUUAAUUCAGGAAUAACACUGUGUGGAGGAACUGACAAGAUGUUUGAGUUAACAUUUAUGAAUCUGCGUAAAUGAACAGAGAAUUAAAAAAAAAUAUGCACCAUGUUACCUUGGUAAAACAUUUCAUUGGAAAAUAUGGACCUAAGUUUGAUCAGGGUCAACUGAAUCCACACUGAUUACACUCUACUUUUUUCACUUGCACUACUAUAUAAAAGAACAAGGCAUGUUGAGCAAAAUGCAUACGUACAGCUUCACCUACCUUACACUAGAAGCAUGUCUUGACUAGGCACAGAGGAUACAUUCUGUGGUUCUCACAACUUGCCUGUGGAAGCAGUGUUUUACAUAAUGUCUUUUUAAAUUCCUGGCUGCACUACCUGAUAGCGAAUUGUCUGUCCACAUACUAUUCUCCAUUAUCGAUUUCUAGUUUUAAAGUGUAUAAAGUGCAAAUAAAAUCAAAUUACCUUCAAGUAUUUUAUUUUGAUUGAGUAAUUGUUACUUUUUUCACACUGGUCUUGUAUCCUUGUAGGUAAGGAACAAUGGACAGUGAUUAUAGGAAUCAGAAUGCAGAGAAUAAACAUAAAAAUGUUGAGAAUAUUUGUUUUAAAAUUACCAUUUGUGUUAUACGCUUUUUGUUUUAUUCUAUAUUGGUGAUUCUAUGAUUCUAUUUACUUAUUUAUUUACUAUUUCUAAUUCAUCACAUUCUUUUCUCUACUGAAAAGCUGGUGUUUUGCUUCCAGGCACAUUUCCUUUCUCCUUAUCUGAAAGUACGUAAAGCCUCUGUUCUUGCCAGCCAACAUUAAACAUUGCAAUACAAUUAUCCUUAAGCACUGGUCUGUUAUCUCAGGGAACGGAAUUAGAUUUUCUAGCUUAGAGAACAUCACAUUAUUUACACAGAUUUGCUUUAGAGUAUUAUAUGAUGGUUAGGGAAGUAAAGAGACUAAAAAGAUCAGGUCACUGAUUUAAAACAGCACAAGAAGUUGAGUUUGAAUCUCAGGGUAGCUGCUGGAAGUCUUAUCAACUAGGCUACUGCCUAUUCAAAAAGCAUGGAAAAUCCGUUUUCCAUUUAGUCUAGCCUCUGAGUUCCAGCUGUAAAAGUUUCCUCCAGGAAAGCUUAUUUGGGACCGAAAGGAUUUCUUCAGAAAGUCUCAGUGUCAGUAUUCACAAACACAAACUAUCAGAAUUUUCAGAGAAGAAGUACAAAUCAGCUUUAGAUUAAUUUUCAAACAGAUCCCUGAAAUGUCCAUUUUGUUUUGGGAUCUCAAACGUUACUGCCUACCUAUACAGGUAUAAAGGGAAGAGUUCAAGGAAUCUCAUAUUCAUAUAAAUUGUUUCUUUUCCUUAAAAAGGUGUCAUAUACUUAUUUUGUAUUCUAUAUCUAUUCAGCAUAAAACAAAAACAUUCAGAUUUUCUUAAAUUGGCUUAUUGACCUUAUAGCUGAAACUCAAAAAGGCUACUUAGCACGUGCUAUGCAUUUUAAAUACUCUGAAUGUUAUUCAGCAUAAUUAUUAUUUAAAUUUACUCUGUCGAGAGUAUGUCAAUAUAUUUUUUAUCCCUUAAGACUUUAUGAUAUACAUUAGUGACUGCUGUAAGGAAAACCUGGUCACAAUUUAAAUUUGCUUUACAUAUGUGGGUUUUACUUGUUUUUCCACUCUAAAAUGUGACAAAAAAUCAAGAUGGAACAAUAUUUGUGGUAUUUCCUAUGUAGAAUGUCACUCAGUAGACUUACAAGUUUUCUAGUAGAAGUUACCCACACCUAGAUGUGAUUUCUAACCUCCACCCGCCAGUAUAUUGCCAUCACUGCCCAUCCAUCAUUCACUCCCCUGACCACAAAUGGCCAGGAGCGCUUUUCCCAUUAAGCAGUAUGAAAGCUGUCGCAUCAGUCCACCCUCACAUUUGAAUUUAGAGGGUAAGUGACUUGUUGUGAGCAUCUCAAAUACAAAUGGGACCCUCUUGUCAGGGGCAGCCUGUGCCCCUCUGAGGCUGAGCCAAGAGGCAGCGAGCACCCUGCCCUCUCCCAGCACGCCACACACUCCCCAGGCCCUCCAGCUCCCAGGGCAUUGCUGAGCACCUGCAGGUCACACGAUGCUCCCACUGGAAUCACAGCAAAACUCAUCUGAAUUCAGUGGAAAUGAGCACAAAGGUUGAAAUACAAAGAGAAUGCUAUCUGGUGCUGAUGUAUAUUUUCUUCUGAAUAUGAAGUGAGGAAAAAAUGGAGGGAAAAAUAAAAAUGUGAAGACAGUUCUAAGAAGCUAUCUUGUGCCUCCAUGAGCUAAUAAGAGUAUUCAAUUAUUUGCCAGAUAGAUCUGCAGUGACUGUUGCCAUUACUCUUCUUUUUAUUAUGUAAAUUAAUUUUUUUUCUCAAAAAUGUUUCUUCCCCUUUUCCUUAGAUACAGGCUAAAAUAUAAGCAAAUAGAUAUAAGUAAAAAUUCCAACCUUUAUUCCACUUUGAACAAGCUUGUGUAUAUCCAAAAAAGGUUCCUUGAUCAUGUCUCCUUCAGGACUGAAAAUCUUCACAUAUCCUUCUUUCUCAAGAAUAAAGAGGCGAUGAGAUCCAUCCCCACAAUGUACCGCUCCAACAGGCUGCCUUAGUCCGCUCAUGACUUCCUGAAUACAGAAGCAGUUGUGCUUGUGCUUUCUAAAAAAUAUAUUAAAAAAUAGUGAGAAAUGUCUUCUUUCUCAUAACCGUGACAAAAUAAUGUCCCUAAAAGAUAAAAUGAUUUUUCUGUAGUGAUUUUACAAACACAGCUAUACAGUCCAGCAUAAAUUAUUUCCUCGAACGUAUGCAUGCAGACAGUACUGAAAAUCAAAUUGAACUUCACUUGAGCAAAAUUUGUUUUGUAUAUAAGGAAGAGAAAAUCAAGUAAUCUCAGAUCUGAAAUUUGGACUAAUACAUAAAAUGUAGUUUAAAAAAGAGAAAAAACAUUUAUUAAUAGAAAAAAAUCUACUGUACAAUAAACAUAGUAAAUUCCAGCAAUUUUCCAAAAUUUGGUUUUGAAAGUCCAUUAGUGACUUAUAAUGAGACAGUUUAUUUACAACCUAAUUUAAUAAUUUUCACAGUGAAAAACAAAUGGAAGAAAAAGAUUAAAAAACAUAAUAUAGAUAGUUUAAUAAUAAACCUGUCAUAGUGACUUAGUAAUGUUAAAUUCAGGUUGAAAUGGCAUCCUAGAAAGAUGUAUCAUCCACAACAUGGACCCUAACCAAGAUCCACGGGUUGGAUCAAGCAAAGAUUCUAACACCUUUUAGCAACUUAAAACGUUAGUGAAAUAUUGAAGCUAAUGUAACUUUCUCUUCAGCAUACACCAGCUACAGCAACAGAAAGUACCAUCUGGAAAACACAGCUGCUGAGCAUAAGCACAGACUGAGCUGGUUCACUGUGAAAACCACAGGCUUUGCAAUCUUAUUUUUUUCAGAUUAAACAACAUUUAUCUUUAUGAACCUGCUGAUCUCUUCCUCUUUGUCAUAUUCCUCCAUGUGGUCCAGGGAGUUAGAAGCUGGCCCUCGCACUUGUUUUCUUGGAAAAUCUGGAAAGCAUACACCACCAUCUUUUCUUGCAUAGUAAAAGCAAAACUCAUCAGCUGUAGUUUGGAGAAAACCUUAAAAAUGCAAAAGAGCAUACAAAUAUUUAGUGUGUUGUCAUGUCUGCAGUUUUGAGCUGUCAAACUAAUCUUUAAAUAGAUUACAUAUUGAGUGGAAAAAGAAGUUGUUUUAAACAAAGUGCUAUCUGCAAAAAAGGACUGCUCUGAAUAAAUACAAACUAUUACCUUUUAUAGUUUAUUCAUUUGAUUAAACCUUAUUUUCAGUGCGCUUAAAUAAGAAAAAAAACAAUUCAAAAUGACUCUACAGGUUAGUCAUAAGAAAUUGAAGGGGCAAAGGUCAGAGUUAAGGUUGCCAUAUACUUCUUCCUGAUUUUCUAUCUACUAAUGAAGUGUAGUACCUGCUGUAAAAUAGCUUGAGCAGCUUUCAUUUAACUUUUUUCUUACUUUUAGUUUUGUAUUGGAUCCCUUUUUUAUUGCUUUAGCAAAAAACAGUAUCUUUUGUUACUCCCUGUCCAAAAAAUUAAUGAAAAUGGUAACUCUUCACUGAAUUAAGAACCUUUUUAAAGACGUGGCUUGUUGUUGUAAAACCUUUGGUAAAGACUUUGGUGAAAGAUGUGUGCAAUAAAGACUUUGUGGAAUGCUGGCACCAAAAACAUCAGUUGGAGAGGUGAAUAACUGGUGUUUUGGAAAGCAAGAAGUACCUGCACCUUGUUGGCAGGCAACUGGUUUCUGGUGGGCUCUUGACAUGAGAGUGGGUAAAUGCAGUGCCCCACUGAAAAAAGGGAUGUAUCUCAUGCUGCAUUGGAGCUGACUUUAAGCUGCCCUGAAUGAAGGGUGCUUUUUAGGUUUUAGGUUAAAAUAGAAGGGAGUUUAAAGACAGAGGAAACAAGACAUUGGUAAAAUGAGAGCUUUUAAGGCAAGCCCCUGCUACUGAUGAUACUACAAUAUGUUUAAUGACAGUAAAAAUAUCUAUCUCUGUCCACAAACAUAGAUCUAGUCAUUUCUAGCUAGUUUUUUAAUCAUUAGUAUUGAAUCUAAGAUAGAGUUCAGCUUGUUAUACAUUCAGUGUUUUACUAAAAUAGAUGCUAACAUAAUAUGCCUAACAUCACCUUUCUCACUUUUUAGAUUUUUAGCAUACUGUGUUAGGAUGUAUGUAGUAUGGUCUAAGACAGAACUGAUAAGAUAGCACUCCAUUGGAAUUACAGGUCUAAUUUAUGCAUAACUUUACCACUUGUGGAUAAUGCUGUAAUCCAUAGAUCUUGGCCAUAAAACCUCUGGCUUACAAUUUACAAUAAGAGCUGAUCAGGGACAGCUGUGUUUCUUUGGAAAAUGCCAAUUUCUUAAAAGCAACAUUUUUUUUUUCAGAAACCUUAUCAAUUGUGACAAAAUUUUAGUUAAAAUGAUGUUUCUGGUCCAAAAUGAAACUUCUUAAAUGAAAAAGAGAGAAACAGAUCGCAAACUUCAUAUCAGUAUACUCCGACGUCUUAUAAUUAGGGUGCUUCAUUAGGAGGAGGAAUAUUCAGGUCAGUGCCCCUCAUCUGUCAGGCAGGAGUUUGACCCUAAGUCUCCAAUUUCCCAAGUAAAUGUCCUAACAACUGCUUUAUUAGCUAUCCUGGGGUGGUCUCUCUGUGGCUUUCUUCAUGGAAAAUUUCGAAAGAGUUCAAUUUCUUCCUUAUGUGGAAUAGGAAAAUUUUUUAGAUCCCAGAAUUUUUGUGGAGUGGAAAGCCCUUCCCACCCAACUAUACUUCUUUUCAUAUGCAUCUUCCUUUAAAAACGUUGGACAAGUAACAUGACAAAGCCUGCCUUUGGUUUCUAUAAAAUAGUAUCUGGAAACACAUGGUAGUGUGUUGUGGUAUAAAAGUUUAAUUACCAUGAUUUGGAGCUUCAGUAAAAAUCAUCUGUGAGGAGCUGGUUUUAAUUUAUAGUAGUUAUUUGGAGAAAAUGUGAGAUACAAUUUCAAGUGGAACAACUGAAGAGGAACGCUGAUAUAAUCACAGACUAGUAUUCCAAGGCUUUGUAGGUAGAAUGCCAAAAUCAAAGGUAAUCUAAAAUCUCGGAGUUAUUUGACUUAAGAAUACACCAUUUUAUAUUUAAUAAUUUCUUUCUCCAGGCACAGUAGAUCACUACAGAAGAUGCAACAGAAAAUUAGAGGUGUACAGUUUCCAAGAAUUUCUAGCAUUUUCUAAGUAUGCCACCUACUAUUUAUUAUAAAUAAACUACUCUUGGCUUGAAUUUUAUCUUUAGUCAGAAUAACUGAGAGCAUAUUUUGAUCAUGUUUUUUACUCAGUAAAUGUUCAUUUCAAAUAACAAUCUGAUGCAAACUCACUUAACUAAUGCCUUAGGCAGUAUCUUUUUUUUUUACAUGUAAGACUAAUCUCUUUUCCUUAUGAAAUAUUUUAUCGUGCACUUAGGUGCAUCUUGCACUGCAGUUGCCUUCUGCAACCUUCUGGUUUGAAAAAAGAUAAGGCUUACAUUCCAGUCUAAGAAUUGUUCUUAAGAAGUGCGUUUUGAAUUAAACUAUGAAAAUGAGACUUAAACUAUGAAAAUUAGUCAGUGAAUUGCUAAAUUAUUGCACUGUUGGCAGGAAUGUGACCUCUGUAAGUACAGUUUCACCUGUGCAUUAGGGAUAGUUCUGUUCUGUAAGGAAACAGCAAUUCACAAAAAACAUCUGCUUCUGUGUUCUAUAUGCUAGAUUCACCUUACAAACAGCUUCUGUAAGGACAGUUUAAAAAUACUCCUACUUUCCUAUCCACUUAUAGCCAUUUAAUGUUUCUUUUAUUGCGCUUAGAAUAUAAAAUCUUUAGUCGAGAGAUCAUUGUUUUUUUCAGUGCUUGUACAAUGUCCAGAAGAACGACCCAUGACAAGUGCCCCUAAACACUGGAAUUAUUCUGGGGAGAAGUAAAAUAUCAUUUUGCUCACUUGGAGUUUAUCCGAAAACAGCUCUGUCACCAUCCACUAUGAGAACUAUGCCUAAUAAGGACUGUGACAUUCAGUUCUGCAUGAAUUUCUGCACAGCACACUGAAUUGGAUUAUCAUCUCAUCUGCUCCUUUGCACAGACCUGCACUGACUUGAAGAGUGUAUGAAAAUCAGGCUCACCUGCUUUAUUCCUACAUUGCUGACCUUGAGCAUACAGUUCCGGACUGUGCAAAAGAAGCAUUUGCCUGUUUUUUGUUUUUUUUCCCACUGACUUCCAUUUCUAACAGGUAGAUGAGAAAUUUUUCACAUCUUUUCUCUCUUCUCAGCUCUCAGUGUAAACUAAACCAAAGAGGUGGUUCCAGACUGAUUUGUUCAAAACAUACUAGAUGCAGUGGUAGCUCACAUCACUUCCUACUGGUUUUCAAGCAGCUCUCUCGUCACACUGCCGUGUUGCAUGUACCUUUACAAAGGCAGUGUCAGGGUUACUCCUCCUGCUGUUCUUGUUAGCAGUAGCAUCACUACUAUUUUUCACCAGGUUGACUGUGUGUACAAUAGCUAUAAGUAGACAACACCAGAACUUCUGGAGGUGGUGUUUCAGUUGCAGACUUUCUUGGAAGUUUUCUGCUUUUUUGGGCUGGGGUGCCCCUGUUUGGAUAAAAAAAAAAGAAUAAAAAAUACUAUCUACCAUCUGUUCUGGCAAUGCCUGUGCUGAGAUCCAGGCCUGGAUCUGGAUUCACACACAGUCAUCUGGAAUCUAUUUCUUCAGAUGGAAAUGAGGCAGUGCAUGUAGUUCAAAAUCUGUCCGAUGUCUUUGGUUGGCAGAACCCCCUGUGGCUGAGGCACAGGUUUGUUCUUCAGAAUAUGUCGCCUCUACGGGCAUGAAUCAAGUGUUUGCUCACGCCAAGAGGGAGAAUUGGCCACACUUUUCUUUACAUAGCUGUAUUAAUAAUAAAUAUUAGACAGUCUUCUCUUAUGAUCUUGGAAAACUUAAAAUUCCUGUUGUUUGAAGACUUUGUUAACUCCAGCUUCCCACCAGUAAUUACUUAAACUGAAAUUCACAGUAAUGAUCAGAUGAGAAAUAACAAGCAAAGUCAACCAGGAUGAAGCAGGGAAAUUCCAUACUCAGAUUUUGUGAAACACUGCACCCUCCUGUGAUAAAACAUCCGUAAAAUGCUAACAGCUUCCUGUCAUUCUGCUUGAAUAAAUAAGUGGGCCCACUUAUUCUGUGGAUUUUCAAUACUACUAAAGAAGUCAAUGGAAACCCUGAUGUGGUUGUAACUGGUGGGCAGACUCCUAUCUUCAAAAGAAUCAAACUAGGAUACGCGCCCGUUCUCAUCUUUGCAAAUAGAAAAAGAACAAGAAAUGAAUUUCUGGAGCCAAGUCAUAAAAAAACUGAUGUGCAGUUUCGUCGUCUUCUUGGUUAAUUUGUACUGCUAACAUUUGAAUUCUAGAAAAGAUGCUUGUUCUCUUGAAUCGCUAAUAACAUUUCAAAUUUGUGCAGCACAUAAGGGCUAAAAUUACUUUUGUAGUCAGCACUUUCCUUACAGUCCUUUCUAUUGGUGUUCAGGAACAAUUAGCACUCCUUAAUGGAGGAAAAGUAAUUAUUUGACUUUUUAACAAAUGUAGAGUGAAUCAUUGGCAAAGACCUCUGGUCUGGGGGCCUGUUAAUUUCCAACUCUUUGUUUAAUCCUCCAGGCUAAACUGAAAACAUAGCUUCCAUAUUUCUUUUUCCUUUUGUAAUAAAUAUUAUGGACAGAUGGGUCUCACAAGAAAAACAGAAGACCUAAUUAGCUGUCCUUUAAUUAUUUACAUUUUCAAUUGUACAUUAAACUAUAUUAAAAUCCAAUAUGCAGUCUUCUCAAAAAGACGGGCAUGAAUCUUAGUACCUUUGUCAAAUACUGCUGUAGGCAUCUACGACCACGUAGGCCAACCAGAUCACCAAAUGAACCCCGCUUCUGGAUGCAAGUAUGCAACAAUUUUUUUUUUUUAGUACUACCCACUUUCAGAAGAAGUAUAUAAAAUGAUUAUUAGUGUCUGAUUGAUAUAGGAAAAAUCCUACUUUAACUGAUGCUAAAGUAUGUAAGCUCUUUUCCUGCAAAGCACAGUGCUCUGUCCAGUGCUAAAGUUAUGCUUUCAUCUGGUUAUCUUUCAAGGCAAGCUGGGUGGUCACAAAAAGCACUUGACAUCUUGAUGCACUUCAGCAGUUUUACAUAUACACAAACUUUGUAGAAAAAUAAAUUUGUCAUUCGUCACCACAGAUGUUGAUCUGAGGAGUGAGGUUCCUGUGGCUAUAGCUCCUGUGCUGCUCAGCCCUUUCUCUUUCUCUCUCCCUCUCUCCAUCUCCUCCUUCUUCCUCCCUUUUCCCCCCUUUCACUUUUUCCAAUUAAAAAAGUUGUGUCCUCGGAAACACAGAAUUUCACUAAACAACCGUAAGGGACUUACUCUGCUGAAUAUGCUAAUCGUUUGCAUUAGUUACAACCCAUGUAAAAAAAAAAACUUUGUGCUGACUUCUCACGUGGGCUAAACAUUUGAAAUAUCUAAUCUAUUAUCGCUGUUCAGCAGGCAGUCUUGGCAACUGUGAUCCAUUCUGCUUCGCUUUGGGGAAUGUGAUAAAGAGCAAGAAACAGCUGGUUUAAGAAAGCCUUAGAAACAUCUCUUAGUUUAUAAAGACAAUAAUAAUAUUUUCAUAUUUGAAUGGGUUGAGAUACAUGUUAAACCACAGCAAAGGGGAAAAAGUAAGUCAAUUCAAAAUAUUUUCUCAAGCCAAUAAAAGAACACUGGAAAAAUCCCUGCACUCUUGGGAUUUCAUAGAAAACAAGUACACACUGUACACGUGCAAUUAAGAAACCCUCCUCCAAAUCUCAUCCACUGAAACUAUCCUUUUUACUCAAAUAUGCUUAUGUUCUAUUACAAAGCUCUGUUCAUAGACCAAGAAGUUUGUAUUUGUAAAUUAAUUUUUCUUAUCCUUAUUAACUCUGCUUUCCAGCCUGUGCUGCUAGUCAAAAAUCUUAACCAGUUUAAUUAUUUUCUCCUGUGUGACAUUAUUUAUAAGCAGUGUUUGGAAAAAGAAGAAAGCAUAGUUUAAAAAUGACAGCCUUAAACAUAUAAAUAAUUUACUAUUGAGAAUACCAAAGAUGUUAUUUAAUACAAUAGUACAUUACAACAGUGUUUCUAAAAGGACCAUCUUCUGUGGUUAUUUUGUUGAUUUAUUUACAAGUGAUAGCACACAUUUGGUGACUGCCUUAGACAAUACUGGCCACAUUCUGCUAUUGGUUAUGUCAAGCUAACUUUACUGGCUGCAGUGAGGAAGUGUUAGGUUAGUUCAGAAUUUGGUUGCUAACAGCAUGUUGGAACCGAUUCAAAGAACACAGAAAUCUACCAAAUAGCUCCCUUUGAUUUCAAGGGGCUUUAAACUGUUGAAAAAAACCACGAGUUUCUAGGGUACCCAGAAAAAACACUUAUCAGCCUGUAGUGUCUGCAGCCUGCAGUGCCAGCGCUCCUUAUUUCUUUUAUUUGAAAGCUAUCUGUCAUUUAGUAUAGCCUUUUGGAUGGCCGACUAAUCGCUUACAUGAUUUGAGUGAACACACCAAUAUACAAAAAAGGUAAUAGCUUCGGGUGCCUUUGAUAACAAAUAACCCUGUGUUUCACGGUCAGUUUAAUAGGAGAGCUCAAAAUAUUAACUCUCCACAUAAGAAAGAAUCACCGUGGAGGCCCUGAGAUAUUCUGUCUUUGAGCAAAAUCCCCUGGAUAUCAGUGGUGAUUUCACCUGGUUAAGAGUUGGAUCUACGACUACUCAGGCAAUAUCAACAUUUCAAAGCAGACAUCCUUCAGUUCCAUAUUUUGUUAUAGGUUUUACCUGGUAAGUGACCUCUGCAAGUAUAAUAGAAUUCUUUACAAUAGUCUUUGCACAAGUAGGGAAGAGUUAGUUCUCUUUCAGAAGUUUCCCCUUUCUCAGGUGAGUGGAAAAGAUUCUGGGCAUGAGGUGAGCAGUGUGCGCAUUUGAUUUCCUCCAGUAGCUUCGCACAUUCUGUGUUGUUCGUGACAGAAAGUAUCUGCAAGCCACAAACCAGAGAUAAAUAAACACAUGACCUAUUUCCCCAUCUUAUACAAAAAGAUUUUAUGAUCUAAUGCCAUAAAUUAUGCUAAUGGAACCAAUACAGUCUGUAAUAAAUGCAUCACGUUUCAUGUCAGUUUUCCAGAAGAAUCAGGUGCAAAAACUGUUACAAUGAAAUCUGCAAUAUGCCAUUAGUACAGUGAUAUUUCAAGUGUUUGCUUCUCUUUCCCAGACAAGAAUAGUAGCAGUGAAAUUAUUUUAUGGACUCACGGCUGCAAACUCUUAUCGCACAAGCAAUCUGUGAACUAGACUGAUCAUUUAUAUGAGGAUCUACAGCAGCAGGCCUUCUGCUCAUUUAUGAGAAAUACUCAAAAACACAACUUGAAAGGUGACCUAUUCAAGUAUUUAGAGAGUACAAGCUAAAAUUCUACCAUCAAACACAUCAGAGAAGCCACAUACAGUUAUCUGUUAACUAGGUGUAUCUUGAACUGUCCCACAGUCUGGCUACUGCAGUGCUUACUGGGUAGUUCAGCAGGUGCCUGGGAUUGUUCAUUUCUUAAACACUGCUCUCCAUUGUGCACUCUCUUAUGCAGACUACUUGGAAGUGGAAAAAGCUGUAUGUUUUCAGACAUUUCAUAAGGGAAAAAAAAGAAUCUGUCCGUAGCAUCUUGUUUCUCUCAAUUUUGAAAGCAUAACUUUCUCCUGAAAAAAAGCAUAUAUUAUGCAUAGUACUUGAAGAAGCACUAAACCACGAUUGAUGAUGUGUUUAAGUAAACACACGAGCCUAAGGAGCGCAAUGUCAUCAAAUCGUGAAAAAUAAUGGAAAACAGCAUAGCUGUCUUUAUUAGUCUUUGAAUGCAGUGCACUUUGUUAAUCUAUUGUUAACCACAUGGACUGUUUUUUGAUCAUUCAUCCCAAUGGUGGAUAAUGGGAAAUGUGUUCUCAGUUGAGAGGGACUGAAUCUGAUCCAAUGCAAAAACAAAGCUCAGGUUAUUUCAACUGUUUGUUUAACGUGGCUAUAAACAAAGACUGUAAGAGGCUUAUUUUAAGAAAUAUUAAUGCUGUAAGUAUUUAUAUUCUGUAAAAUUUAUAAAUAUUUGUAAAUGUUGCAUUUGAAAAUAGCAACAAAGUUUUGCUGGAGUUCAUAUCUGAGUUGUUUUGUAGAAUGACUUUACAAUGUGUCAUUUCCCUGCAGGAUAACAUAGAUGGGAAUUAUCUAAAUCACUUUCGAUAAAAUUAGUUAUUCGGCGCAUGAAGACUCUAAUAUGUUUGAGGAUGCUAUCUCACAGGCUGGCUGCCUUCUGGGGUGCAGCACUUUGGUAACACCGUUCUGAACUCAUCAUUUUAUUUACAUAUAAUUACGCAAGCGUAAACCAUUUGAGAGAAAUGCACUCCCCAUUGUUUUAAACAGCUGUGUGUUCAAACUGUUAUACAAUAUAUGGCCUGCGCGGUAACACAAAAUCCUGUUUAAAGGAACAUUAAGUUAGAAGAUAAACUCUUUCAAGGAAAAUUUAGUCUUAACUAUGUACUGUCAUAAGGCUAAGUGAAAUGUUUAGCAAAGUUUAGUGGCAAACUUUAGACCACUGAUUAGAAGAACACCAUUUGGCCUCUACCCCUAUUCUGGAAGAGAUGCCAUUGGCUUUCAGUAUAAUUCCUCCAGAUUUGCUGGAAUCACUGAGUGUAUUGCAUGUGUUGUUCUUUACACUAUCUGUUCACAAAUUAUCUUCAUCUUCACAGCACCUGCAAUUAAGUAAUGUGACUAACAUCAGCCAUGUAUGGUUUAUUAUCUCUCCUCGGAUCUCCUUUGGGAUUAUAAUUACCUCAUCUCUUCCGCACCCCCCCCCCCAGCCUUAUUUAUUUAUUUAUUUAUUUAUCUCGAAGGCCAAUUAAUUGCACAUUGUAUGUAUGGUGAAAGGUUUGCCCUCACCCUAAGUUUGUCAGUGAAUUCCUUCCAUAGCCUCAGCUCCUCUCCAGAAAUAAAUAAUAAUAACAAAAAAGAGUUCUUUUGCUAGAUUUUUCACUUGGGUCAUAGCAGCACAACUGUUAACCUCAGCCUUCCUUCUUCAGUUUCAGAUGUUUUUCUAGACAUGACAGAUCUGGGAAAAAUGCCUCAAGGGCAAGAACUAAAAAUAUAAUUAUAGCUACAAUAAAGUAUGACCAAAGCAAAUAAUAACUACAACUUUGAACUUGACUUGAUAUUCUCUGGGGUUGCAAUCUAGGUGCUUGCAGUAAUCCACCGUGCUGAGGCAAUUAUCUGCAUCAUCUGGAAAGACCUCCUUUCUUAAAGGAGGAUGGCAUCCUGACAAAGUACCUUGGUGUUCUGAUGGGAAGUGGUGUAUAUAGUUCAGUCAAACCAUUGUCUGCCAAACAUAACAAAGCCUGGGUUCAGUAGGGGAUGACUGAAAGCACUGUCCAUACAUGAUGCUUUUAAGAACUUGACUCUAGCAAGAUGGAAGCCCUCCUUAAGUAAGUAUGAAACGACCACUUUGGUCUUUCCACCAAAUCAAAGUGCACCAUGAUUACAGACUCUUCAGAGUCCUUGCCUACAUUCAGUACGAUCACCUGCUUCGCAGAAGUCUCAGAUUUUUUCAUCAGUGAGUUAAUCUCAAGCAGUAGGCUUUCUUGCGGUAGCAGUGUGAUGGUGUGUUUAGAAGUGCAAGUAAACACUAGGUAUUACUAGGUAAAUAUUCAGUGUGUUUAUUGAAUUAACUCCGCAGUGAUGCAAAUAUAAAAUUCUACUACUUCUACUAGAAGACUCCAGAAAGAAUUAUGAACAGAAAUAAAAAAAAAGAAAAAGAAAAAAAGAAACUACAGGAUAUCAAAGCUAAUUUACUGUUUCUUGUGGAAAAUGUAAUUGACGUUGCCUGGUGAUACAGAAGAAGAAAUGCUUGCCAAUAUUUCAGUCCUCAGAAUUAAGACAAAAGGAUCCUAAUCCCCCUGAGCAGCUGCUAUCCAGGAAUUAACCACAGGAAUUCACCCCCUCAUGUCAUUUCUGGAAUGAAUCUUGGUCAUAUAAUAGCUAAUCGGAAGAUUAAGGAAUCAGAGUCAAUCAGUUAUCUGAAAAUCAAGUAUGUUAUUUAACUUUUAGAAGGCUAAAGCAAAAUCGGGUGGUAACGUUUGCUCUGUGUGAGGUCUGAUGUAUAACUCUCUACUGGCUGGGAGAUAGGACAACCGUUCUAUUCUGAAUCUCAGUAAAUCGAUAACGUAUUUAUCCUGGAGUAUAUUAGAUCGGUUUUAAGUGAAAGCUGCAAUACUUAUCUGAAUGAACCUUCUUCUGUUGGUUCUCCACUUUGCAAAUGACCUUACGGUUGACAAUGGCUUUGGUCUUUUGAAGAAAUGUAAACUAAUUUCCUGCUUCAAUUUUUAAAGUCAUGUGUGAAAUCAUCAAACUUCAGUGGUUUAAACUAACUGUGCUCUGGAAAAUAUGUAAAACUUCCAAACAUUUAUUGCAACAUGCCUAAUAAUGAUUAUGCCUGCUGCUGAAUAAUUUACAACAUCUGUAAGAUCAUCCUUUAAUCUCUUGCCACAUGAAAGUACAACACAAAGACUAAAGGUAAGAUAAAUCCUGGAGUGCUGAGGAAAGCAUAGCAUACAACAUUGGUUUAUCAACAGAAAGUAUAGUGCAAAGAAGAAGAACCAGAGGAAGGCACAGCAGACAGGAAUUCUUUACGUUGAAUACAGUCAUCUGUUUUGUGUACCCUGGUCAUAUCUAGAAUGAAAGGCAACGUCGUUUUGAUGCUAAUGGAAAAAAAAACCCAACCCGCAGUGAAAUAAGUCAUUGCACUACGCUGUGUUUGAUAUACAAGCAUUUAUGUCUAAAAAUCAUAUGCUUACGAGAUUGUUCAGCUGUUGAGUUGAACAUAUGCUUCUUCUGUACUAUAGAACUGGAUUAUGUCAUUAAAGAGUUCGGUUUCAAUUUUAGGGCAAUAUGUAAAUAGAUCAUUGUACUAAGGCAGCUGUUAAAGGGACUCCGAGAUGAGUUAUUUGUUUAGUUGGAUGUGUUCAACAAUAGCCUUUGUUCGUGAAAGAGCCAGAGCAAACAAAUGAUUGUAAAAGGGCACACUUGAAAACAAUUACUUUUCACCCUUUCCUUGACAGCUUUGGCUGUGAAGCCAACUGAGGUAGAGAGGACUUCCUCGCCUGUUGGGCUAUAAGCAAACGUUCAGAAAAAGUGGUAUGACAAUAUUUGACUGGGAUAUAGUAGUCCUUCAUAAACAAAGGGAUAGCGCAGAAAACUGGAAGACGAUGAGUUAAAUGUCAACAACUGUAUGUAAAAAUCAUACUUGAGGCAGUGCAGUGCUGUGUACGGUUAUUAGGGUAGCUCCGUUUCUGCUCCCAAAACCGCAGCCAUUGGUGCCAUUUUCAUUACAAAUUUCACAGAUUUGAUCAACAAUUCUCAAAGACUUGUCUCAAAGACAGCGUCUUAACCAAGAAGCUCUCAUGAAAACGUCUACUGAGCAUGCUCAACUCUUUGCUUUUAAAGAAGCUGGUGCUCAGCUUUCUGCUAAUGUCAUAGCCAUAGAUAGAUGAUGGAGAGUAACAUUUAAACAGGCUGUUUUUUUGGACUGUCAUAGAAUAGAAUUUUGAAGUUGAAAAGUUUUAUUCGAAUGUGCUCCAUAACAGUUUGCCAUGUCUUUUAUGGAAAGACCAUCUCAUUCGGUGAAGUAUAAAUGACAUAUUUUGACAUUUUUCCUAAACAUGCACUGAUAUGAUGGAGCAGAUCUGAGAGGUUCAGAAAAGCUGAUGUGAUGGAAAAUAGUCUGAUUUUAAAAUCCUUUAAAAUUAUAUUCCUUAAAAAGCAUAAUUUAUAUUUAAAAAAAACAGAUCUGACAGCUCAGGAAUAGCUAGUGUGGCAUAUAUGGUCAAUGCCGCACAUUUCUAUGAAGUUUUGAGUACUGUUAGUCCAAUGGAAUCCAAGGGGAGUUAGAAGAUGUUUUCAAGUAAUUCUAAGAAGAGAAUAAACCCUUCAAGUGGCUGAAGAUUGAAAAGUUACUGAAACACAACUUCCAGCUUACUGCCUUGAGCCAACUGGUGCAAGAGUCUCCAAGCGCUGGAUGAUCUCAGUAGCAUAUAUGCCACAGAGCCACUACAAACAGGAGGGUGA